AUAUUCUUGCCAAAAACGCAUUAACUCUGUACGUCGCGAAACACUUGAUCAUUACCUGUCUUCUAUAUAAAGCAUGCACAAACCCUAGACGCAGCCACACUCUCUCGCAGGCUUCCCAGUUUCUCUCGCUGAAACAGACCAUAUACUUGCUAGCGAUGGCUGUUGCAUUCUAUGAUCUCAACUCAGAUGCAGGGUUGAAAAACCUUGAUGAUUACCUUCUUACUCGCAGUUACAUAACUGGCUACCAAGCUUCAAAGGAUGAUGUAACUGUAUAUGCAGCUCUCUCAAAGGUUCCAUCAUCUAAAUAUGUGAAUGCAUCUCGGUGGUUCAACCAUAUUGAUGCACUUUUAAGGAUUUCUGGUGUUUCUGCUGAAGGGUCUGGUGUUACUGUGGAGGGAUGUGCUUCAAUCCCUGAAGCGGCAAUUGCAACUCCUCCAACUGCUGACUCAAGGGCUGCAGCCGCAGACGACGACGACGAUGAUGUGGAUCUGUUUGGUGAGGAGACAGAAGAGGAAAAGAAAGCUGCUGAAGAGCGCGCUGCUGCUAUUAAGGCAUCUGCAAAAAAGAAAGAAAGUGGCAAGUCCUCAGUUCUUCUUGAUGUGAAGCCAUGGGAUGAUGAGACUGAUAUGAAAAAGCUUGAGGAAUCAGUUAGAGGUGUUCAGAUGGAAGGUUUGCUCUGGGGAGCAUCCAAACUUGUACCUGUUGGAUAUGGUAUAAAGAAAAUGCAGAUAAUGCUAACCAUUGUUGACGAUUUGGUGUCUGUUGACGAUCUGAUUGAGGAACAUCUGACCGCAGAGCCAGUUAAUGAGUACGUCCAGAGCUGUGAUAUUGUAGCUUUCAAUAAGAUAUAAAUUUGGGAUCCUGGCGAUGGGUGCUGGAUAGGUUUCCAGGAGAGUUUUAUUGGUGGAUGGUCAUUGCAGAGAGAAGAGAUAUUUAUGCGUCUGUCUUUUAAGUGUACUGUUUUUUGCAUCGUGGAUUUUGCAUUUGGUUGUUGGUUUCUUUUGGGUGGCGUUUGUCAUGACUAAAGUUGGUAGACAAUAUUUCUAAUGAAGAUAUAUUUAAGGUCA